AAAAGUACUUCGACCGCGAACAACAGCUACUCCAUCCUCUGCCCUUGUUCCCCCCGCCCUUCUCUCUGCCUCUCCUGUCGCAGUAUUUCCUCCUGUCCUAAUUACUGCCCUCUCCAUCAUGCGGCCGCAGCUGCUUCGUGCGGCCGCCCGUUCGAGGCGGGUUCCGAGGAUCAACUAUCCCAGAACCUUCGCGUCGACGACCCCUCGGGCAGCCGAAGUGGAAAUCACAAUUGAUGGCAAAAAGGUUUCAGUAGAAGCCGGCUCUGCCCUUAUUCAAGCUUGUGAGAAGGCAGGAGCGACAAUUCCGAGAUAUUGCUACCAUGAGAAGUUGAUGAUUGCAGGCAAUUGCCGUAUGUGCUUGGUCGAAGUCGAACGCGCCCCCAAGCCUGUCGCCUCUUGUGCUUGGCCCGUCCAGCCCGGAAUGGUCGUCCACACGAACUCCCCCCUCGCGCACAAGGCCAGAGAAGGUGUUAUGGAAUUCUUGUUGGCCAACCACCCCCUCGACUGCCCCAUUUGUGACCAGGGAGGUGAAUGUGAUCUCCAGGACCAGUCCAUGCGAUAUGGUGCCGACCGUGGACGAUUCCACGAAGUGGGAGGCAAGCGUGCUGUGGAGGACAAGAACAUCGGACCCUUGAUCAAGACCUCGAUGAACAGAUGUAUUCACUGCACUCGCUGUGUUCGAUUCGCCAAUGACAUCGCCGGUGCCCCAGAGCUGGGAACCACUGGACGAGGCAAUGACAUGCAGAUCGGAACAUACCUGGAGAAGAACCUUGACUCCGAACUUUCUGGCAACGUUAUCGAUCUGUGCCCCGUCGGUGCCCUUACCUCGAAGCCUUACGCUUUCCGCGCUCGUCCUUGGGAGCUGAAGCACACCGAGUCCAUCGAUGUUCUGGACGCUCUUGGCUCUAACAUCAGGAUCGACUCUAGGGGUCUGGAGGUGAUGCGUAUCCUGCCUAGACUGAACGACGACAUCAACGAGGAAUGGAUCAAUGACAAGACCCGAUUUGCAUGCGACGGAUUGAAGACCCAGCGUCUGACUACGCCUCUGAUCCGGAGAGAAGGAAAGUUCGCUCCGGCUUCUUGGGAGCAGGCCCUGACCGAGAUCGAAUCGGCCUACCAGCGCCUGCAACCUGCCGCCAACGAGUUCAAGGCUGUUGCCGGACACCUCGUUGAGGUCGAGUCCCUGGUCGCUAUGAAGGACCUAGCUAACAAGCUGGGAUCCGACAACCUCGCUCUUGACCAGCCCGGUGGCUCCUCUCCUAUUGCUCACGGUGUUGACGUCCGGUCGAACUACCUGUUCAACUCCCAGAUCCACCGAAUCGAAGAGGCCGAUGCAGUCCUCUUGGUUGGCACGAAUCCCCGCCAUGAAGCUGCCGUUCUCAAUGCUCGGAUCCGCAAGCACUGGUUGCGCUCUGAUGUCGAGAUUGCUCUGGUGGGCGAGACCUUCGAGAGCACCUUCGAGUUUGACCACCUUGGUAACGACGUUACUUCGCUCAAGUCUGCGCUUUCCGGAGAGUUUGGCAAGAAGCUCGCUGAGGCUAAGAACCCGAUGAUCAUUGUCGGUAGCGCUGCGGCCGAGCACCCUGAUGCGAAGGCCAUCUUCGAGACCGUCGGAGGCUUCAUCGAGAAGCACGCCAACUUCAACACUCCCGAGUGGCAGGGCUACAACGUGCUCCAGCGUGCUGCUUCCCGUGCUGGUGCUUAUGAAGUUGGUUUCACUACGCCAUCUCCCGAGGUCGCCAACACCACACCUAAGAUUGUUUGGCUCCUUGGUGCCGAUGAGAUCACCGCCAGCGAUCUUCCCAAGGAUGCGUUCGUCAUCUACCAGGGCCACCACGGUGAUCGUGGUGCUCAGUUUGCUGACGUUGUCCUGCCGGGUGCUGCUUACACCGAGAAGUCUGGCACAUACAUCAACACCGAGGGUCGCGUGCAGGUGACUCGCGCCGCUACUUCGCUCCCCGGUGCUGCCCGCGACGACUGGAAGAUUAUCCGUGCUGCCAGUGAAUUCCUUGGUGCCCCUCUUCCUUACGACGACAUCGAACAGCUCCGUGACCGCAUGGAGGAGAUCAGCCCUGUCCUCCGCCGAUAUGACGUGGUGGAGCCGACGUCGGUCAGCUCCCUGAGCAAGGUCCAGCUCGUUGACCAGAACAAGGGCAGCAAGCCCAGUGGUGCUUCUUUCAAGAAGGUCAUUGACGACUUCUACUUCACUGAUGUGAUCUCAAGAAGCUCUCCGACGAUGGCUCGUUGCUCUGCAGCUAAGGCUACCGGCAACCCCGAAACGAAUUUCAUGGCACCUGGGGAACUGUCUCCCCAGGCCGCGUUUGCCUAGACUGCGAGCGGCGUAGUUAGUCUGUUGAUUGAUCAGUAUUCAUUUUGGGCGUUUCUCUAUGUAUCACUCUGUACUCGAUUGCUUAUGCCUGUCGCUUUUUGUUUCCAAUCACAAAUUUCUCCUUUGUUUUUACCUGGCGUAUGUCUCAGUGUGUCUCUCUCCGACCAAACUUCCUAGGGCCACCGUCCUUUGUAGGAAGCGGCGGACUUGUACAUAUAGAUCGACACGUCAGAGCAUGAAAUCCUGAAGAGUGGUUGGUGUUCGAGAAGAGCCCACAGAUUUGAACUCAAGCCCUUGUAGAUCUAUCCUUUGAAGUGAACAUCUGUC